CACAUUGUUUCGUUGCAGCCUUCGUCUCCUGGAUGAAGUUCUAUUCGACAUUUCCCAAGGAGCUGAAGCCCAUCUUCAACGUGCGCAUCGCGCACAUGGGCCACUUUGCCAAGAGCUUCGCCCUCAAGGAGGCGCCCAGCAAGUUCGCCGGCCAGCAUGCCGCCCCCAAGGCGGCCCCGCCCACCAAUCGACUGACCUACACCGAGCGCGAUCCCGAGAAGGUGCAGCAGGCGAAGCGCGAGAAGCGGCGCCUCUACACGACGACGGUCAGCGGGGAGGUGAGGCAGACGCAGCAGCAGCAGCAGCAGCAUGGUGCAGCGGACCGCAGGAAGAUGGGUGGCAAUGGCAAAAGCAGCUUCAUGAAGAGCCUCAACAAGUCGCGCGCCCUCACGAUAUCCGAAUUCGACAGCGGCUUGCCCGCCAUCGGAGAGCCCAAGCGGCGCAAGCAGGCGUAGUCCAAGGUCUAGGCGAAGGACGGAAGCUGAAGGAUGGAACUGGAGCUGCAUUGGCUGCUGGAGUGUCGACCAGACGGCCCCCAUUUAUGCGCGCCAUUUUGUUCGGGAGCGCUGUUCAAGCGUUUAAUCGAAAAGUAAAUUGCCUGCAGUUGAGGCGCGCCGGCGGGACAGCGCCGUCUUAUGUAGAUA